AUGUCUGACGCCGACUAUUCCGACAGCAAAAAAGUUUUAUUAGCUUCCAUAACAACAACAACAAACCACAUCAGCAGCGGUGACGUCAUCACGAGCGCCACUGACGUCAUUUCUGGCCAAUUAUGUCUCGACGGAAACGUGGCGGUGCAGCAGCCGGAUACUCGGAAUCGGGAGCAAGUUAACGAUCCCGAAAAGCCACCAACAACAAAUAACAGCACUUCAACAACAGCAGCCAUGAACGCAAACAACAACAACAACAACCUCGACAACGUCUUCGAAUCAUCGUCAUCAUUCAACCACACGGAUUCGGUCGAUCCUUUGAAAAACCCAUUUACAGCAAGCGGCAAACUCAGCCGGAAAGCCGACUACAUAAUCAGCCAUUCAACCAUCACGAGAACCGAGUUAAGAAUAUCCGAUCCGGAUAUACCGAAAAAACCGACAUCUGAAGAACAUCCCCAGCCGGAAAUUGAACUGCCAUCUAUCAGAGAAACGGUUAUAGAGGCGGAAAAAUCGAAACUUAUCGAAAGUGGCGUCGUAAACGGUUAUGCAUCCAGUCCGGUUCAGGUGGAGGUCUCCCAGACCAUGUUAGACGAACCGGAAAAGGGUACAGCCGAGCAAAUCAUUAAUAUAAGAUACGAAAUACGAUUUCAUGCGGUGCGAUACGAUACGAUUCCAUACGAUACGAUUCUAUGCGAUACGAUUUCAUGCGAUACGAUACAAUUCGAUACGAUGCGACAUUCGGACACUGUCGUCGUCAUUCUAAGUUAG